AUGGCCGGAUCAUCUUCUCAGUACGUAUCGAGCAUCGUUUAAAACAACGUGUUCAUUUCUUAGGUACUAACAUUCGAAAAAUCUCUAGGUUUCAACAGCUUGAAAAACUAGGCGAAGGAACGUAUGCCACCGUCUACAAAGGCAGAAACAGAGCCACGGGUGCGCUCGUGGCUCUAAAAGAGAUUAACUUGGACUCGGAAGAAGGCACACCGUCCACGGCAAUCAGAGAAAUAUCAUUAAUGAAAGAGCUAGAUCACGAAAACAUUGUCACGUUAUACGACGUGAUACACACGGAAAACAAGCUCACGUUAGUUUUCGAGUUUAUGGAUAAAGAUUUGAAGAAAUAUAUGGAGGUGCAUGGUAAUCACGGCGCGCUAGACUUGAAGAUCGUCAAGAGCUUUAUGUUUCAAUUGCUCAAGGGUAUCAUGUUUUGUCAUGAUAACCGUGUCUUGCAUCGUGAUUUAAAGCCGCAGAAUUUGUUAAUUAACAAUAAGGGCGAGUUGAAGUUGGGCGAUUUCGGCUUGGCGAGAGCGUUUGGCAUUCCUUUCAAUACCUUCAGUAACGAGGUCGUUACGUUGUGGUAUAGGGCGCCCGAUGUGUUAUUGGGGUCGAGGGCGUAUACUACAAGUAUAGAUAUCUGGUCAGCCGGGUGUAUAUUUGCCGAGAUGUGCACUGGCAAGCCGUUGUUUCCCGGAACCGCGAACGAGGAUCAGUUGAUCAAGAUUUUCAGGUUGAUGGGUACCCCCAAUGAGAGAACGUGGCCUAAUAUUACUCAGUUUUCAAACUACAAGAAUAACUGGCAGAUUUUCGUGCCUCAGGAUUUGAGGUUGUUGGUGCCUAAUUUGGACUCGAUGGGGAUGAACCUUUUGCAAAGCUUGUUGCAGAUGAGACCAGAGGCUAGGAUAACUGCAAGACAGGCUUUGCAACAUCCUUGGUUUCACGAGAUUACUUUACCUACUCCGGUGCAGCACCACUUGUCAGACCCAUAUCAGCAGCAACAACAACAACAGCAACAUCACCAGCACCAGCACCAGCAGCCGCAUGCCCACCAACACAUUAUUGACCAGCAAUAUUGA